AUGUCCGACUUAGAUUUCGACAUAGACAAAUAUCUCAACCGUUUUGUCCCUUCUCCCAGACUUUAUAUACUUCCCACUCCCAUUUCUUGGUUCCUGGGGUAUCGAAGUACGCCGAGAUCUCGAACUGGUAGUCUUGUUAUUUGGUUUUGGGCUUUCAUUGGCGCCUUCUGCGGUAUUGCAAUCGUCGAAAAUGUUUACCGAUCUGCAUACUUCAAAGAACGCGGCUCUCCGUUGGUCAUCGCAAGUCUUGGCGCUGCCGCAAUCCUAGAGUACAACACCAUCGAUUCCCCUCUUUCUCAGCCACGAAAUGCGGUCCUGGGCCAACUAUUCGCCUCUCUCAUCGGUGUCGCCAUAACAAAAUUAUUCCAACUCAAUGCUGACUUUGAAAAUCUACGAUGGUUAGCUGGUGCUCUUUCGGUCGGCGUAGCUUCUGCGGUGAUGGGCUUGACCAAUACGAUUCAUCCACCGGCUGGGGCCACUGCUUUGUUAGCUUCUACGUCACCCGAAAUCACGGAGAUAGGAUGGUAUUUGAUACCCUUGGUCGUGCUGGGAAGUGUUCUUCUGGUCGCUACUGCUUGUGUGGUGAACAAUAUUCAGAGGACUUUCCCCAUCUACUGGUGGACGCCGCAUUCGCUGAGCAGUCGAACCGAAGAUGUUGAGAAGUCUUCCGAAAGUACCAAUGGAGUGGAGGAGCCUGCCGAAGUCCAGCAGACUCACGAGGAGGAAACGAUUAGGAUCGACAAGCAUCGCAUCGUGAUACCCGAUUGGUUAUCACUAGAGUAUGAAGAGAGAGCGAUAUUAGAAGUGAUGCAGACCAGGCUAAAACGAGGUUUAAAAAAUUCAAGGACGGGAGGAAGUGAUCGGACAUUGGUUAGAUAA